GUUAGAUAUUCCAUGACUAUGACUAUUCUCGUUUCGAAUCCAUCGAUUCAGACAUGCAUGGCUGUCUCACAGGUGCAUUCAGCUGCCUGAUGAUAAUCACCUCUUCCAGCAAGCCUGGUCACCCAGCGGCCUAUACACACAAAUAACCAUGGUGAUAUUCACAGCAACACAGCACGCCAUGGCAACAGUCACUCACUAUUUUAGCCUCUCCCACACUCUUUUUCUUUCUUUCUUUUCUUCCCCUCUUCCCAUUCCCUAUGUUUCUCUCAUAUCAUCGUUCUCUCUCCAUCCAUCUCUGCUGUUCCUCCCUUCACCGUUUACAUCUCUUUCCACGUGAUAUUCCUCUACCCUAUUAUCACUUCCGCACGUUGUGCUCAGCAUAUCGUGUUCCAACUCACAACCUCUUAUUUCAGUUUCUUUUCUUGAAAGAAAACCUGUCAUUGUUGCCAGCAUGUCUUCCAAGAGAUCCAUGCCCUCCCACUCCUCAACGCGUCCAUCGAAACGGGUGGCGCGGGCCCGUCGAACCAACGCAAAUGAAGAGGAUGUGUCUGUAACAAGUGCUCUUGACCCUCACAUUCCCGAGAUAGUCAGGUCUCAGCUGCCGAUGGGACCACGGGCGCCUAAGACCCAACUGGCUCUGCACCUGCCACCAAUGCACAACUUGGACGACAUUGACAGAUCCAUCACGGAUGUAGCCCUGAAGCUCGGGUUCGAUCGUGUCUUGUCCCAUUUGGGCUCAAGAGCUCUUCGUGUUGUUACUGUUUGCUCCGGGACUAGAGUCCGCUUUUGGCACUUGAGAUGGUGCAAAAAAUUUGAUAGAAAUUUUGAGUUCAAGCACCUCUUCAGCGCCGAGAUUGUUGCCUUCAAACAGGCAUACAUCGAACGUAACUUCCAUCCGCGUUUCAUUUUUUGUGAUGUGCAAGAGCUCAAAGAUCGUGUGGCCAAAACGGCUUAUGGGUCCCUGGAGAAGAUCCCUAAGAAGGCCGACAUUCUGAUUGCCGGUUUCGCCUGUGUUGAUUUCUCAAAUCUAAACAACAAGCGCAAGACAAUAACCCAAAAAGGUGAAUCCGGACGCACUUUCUGGGGAAUUCUGCAUUAUGCGGCGGUCUAUAGGCCCCGUUUAGUGAUGAUGGAGAACGUUAAGAACGCCCCGUGGGCGAAGAUCAAGGAAUACUGGGAGGAGAUCAACUACUUCGCCACCUGGGUCGACCUUGACACAAAGGCGUUUUAUCUCCCUCAGACCCGUGAGCGAGGGUUUAUGUUCUGCGUGGACAGAGACGCCAUGAAAAGACAAAACCUGUCCGAUGCUAAUAUGGAAGGUUGGGCGCAACUUCUUAACGAUUUCAAGCGCCCUGCAAGUUCGCCUGCCGGCAUGUUCCUCCUAGAUAGCGAUGAUAUAAGGCUAGACCAGAUCGAGAAAGAUAUGGCGACGCGGAUAAAACCGUCUCGGGGGCCAGUCACUUGGGAUAAGUAUCAGGUCCGUCAUCAAGGCUACCGUCUGAGCAAUGCCCUUGGACACAAACGCCCAGUGAGCAGGUCUCAAGACGACGGGACGUGCCAAAUGCCCGAUUUUGCCUGGCAAACUUGGGCCAAGUCCUUGCCGGAACGAGUCUGGGACACUCUCGAUAUGAACUUCUUACGCAAGCUGAUCGAAGGCUAUGAUAUGAACUUCAAGGAACGGUGUAUCGAGCUUUCACAGGAUAUAGAUCGAGAGAUCGACAUACGUGCCCCUGGAAUCGCUGGUUGCAUCACACCUUGUGGGAUGCCAUAUCUCACCACGAGGGGAGGACCACUGUGUGGCCUCGAAUCACUUGCACUGCAGGGCUUGCCACUUGACAGGCUUCUUCUGACUCGUGAAUCACAGCGCGAAUUGCAAGAUCUUGCGGGUAAUGCUAUGAGCUCGACGGUCGUUGGCGCAGCUGUCCUUGCUGCAUUGAUUACCGGGUGCAGGGUCCUUGAGAAAGGAGAUCGGCAGCCGGUUCAGAAUGACCAGGUCCCUAGGAGCAACAGCAUCCGAGGUAAAUGCGAGCAUAAGAUGAUAGCACGGGACAUACAUCUCAGCGAUGCCGCUCACCUUGAUGCAAUGGAACUUCAAGUUCAGGCCGCGAGUAGCACAAGGUAUUGCGUAUGCGAGCGACAGACCGCCAUAAGAGCGAGUAUCUUGAGAUGCACCUUGUGUCAGCAUACUGCCUGCUCCGAGUGUGGCGGUAACCCAGCACAUGCAUAUGAGCGUUGGAAUGGCCUCAAACGAACCAAACCAUUGGAGUUUGUCAGUAGGCUCAGGCGUGGUCUGCCCGCUAGGCUGGUGGUAUCUGGCCUUUCUCGCGAUGAUUAUACAGGCUUGAUUGAGGGCAUAUCCGGUAAUUUCUCAUCCCAGAACGCGCAAGAAUUUUUGGAAGCAGUUGCUUUAGCCGUUGGAAUCGAAAUGCGCCUCUUGGAUAUCAAGCGGAGUGAAAUCUGCUCCAAACCGAUUGCUCGAAUGCGCCCUCAGUCUGGGUCUCUUUUGGAAGGUGAUUGGGAGGUUUGUGCGCCGCUGACUUCCAAGCAGACGCUGGAAGUGUCCGGGGCUGGACAACAGGUCGACUCGUACGAAGCGAGAUGUGGACUUCAGGCCAAGAAAGCGCUUGGAUCCAAAUUCUGGACGCAGAUUGAGGUGCAGGGGUCGGACGAGGCCGUGGCGGGCUUGGAAAGCGACGUUCGAGGGAGUUAUGAGCUCCUGCCGGAUUGCGGAACGGCGGGGGCUUGUUUGCACCAGCGGGCGGCCGGCAAACAUGAGGCGGCCGUCUAUCUGUUUCUCGAUCCAACCAAGCUCGGGGGUCCGAAGAACGACUCGUUUGUGUUUGCCUGGGAACAUCGGCGUGUCCUGGGGUACACUACAAGGCCAACCAUCGCCGAAGUGUCGCAUACAUGGCGCUCUGCCAAAGUCACCGAGCACCCCACCCCCGUGGACGUCUAUUUUCGCCCAUGGAGUCGAGUCCCAGCCAUGGCUUUGAGCCCCUACGCCCCCGAGGCUCCUAUCGCAUGCUAUCAGCUGGCGGAGAAGGACAUCUCAGUUGGUCGGCCAGUUUGCCGGGAUGCCAAUAUCAUCCUGCUCAUGUUCAAGGGUUCAAUCCCUGCUAUUGAAACCCCAGGCGAAGAAGGUUCGUGGGAAGUCAUAAACCCGACAGAAUCGCCUUCCUCCCUGAACAGCCUGUCCUGGCUGCUACAAAAGGCGACUGAUCUGUCCGAAUUCCAAAGCUGGAAUCCAGUCGUCGACUGCCAGGGCCUCAAUGAAAGUGCCGGUUCGGCAUGUGUCUGCGCACCACUGAAGCCACGGCUUCUGUGGGCUCGUGAUGGAAGAAAUCGUAUCAAAGCAUACGAGGAUCCCUAUGACGCAGCUCUCUAUGCAAACCAGGUCAAGUCAAAACCGUCUGCAUUUUUGAUAUUUCGUCGAACCGAUGAGCAAGGACUUUGUGACUUGCACGUCACCCUUAAUAUCCAGACCCUGCUCCACCAGGCCUACGACCGAUUGGUUCAGGACAAUGUUGCGAGGGAACGUACGUUGGAGUGGUGUCUUGUGCCUAACGCAUUUGAUGCGAGGAAUAUUUCCUUCCCCAAAUUCGAGCUAGGAAGCAAUAGGCAUGACUCCCCAUCUUGUCACCCACCCAAUUUCCUUUUUAAACUGCGGCCAGAGCAGUUGCGGUCCUUGUCAUGGAUGAUCCAGCAGGAGGGUGACGACAUUCCACUCUUCAUGGAAGAAGAGACCGAGGAGGCACUUCUUCCGUCGUUGAUGUGGCGCGCUGAGGAACGGGUCACCGUUCAAAAAACUGUCCGAGGAGGGAUUCUGGCCGACGAUGUCGGAUAUGGCAAGACAGCCAUCACAUUGGGCUUGAUUGACGCGAUGCACGAGAGAGAUCAACGAUCAAUUCCAACGGACAUCCAAGGAUUUAUACCCACCAAGGCAACCCUCAUUGUCGUACCUGAGAUCAUGCUCCAGCAAUGGCAAGCAGAGAUCAAAAAGUUUUUGGGCGCCAAACUCAAAGUCUUGGUAUUUUCAGCAUCGGCUUCAGUCAAGAAGUUAUCGAUAAGGGAUGUUCUGCAGAGCGAUAUUGUCUUGGUAUCUUGGAGGUUGUUUAAUGGCCAAGCCUAUUAUGACAAGCUGCAGAGGUUCACGGGCACGCCCCGGGUUCCCCAUGACGCGGGCCGGAAUUUUGAUGCUUGGUUCACUGAGGCACAGGCCGCAUUACAGGACCAGGUUCAAAUCAUGAAGGCCCAUGGUCCUAAUGCGCUGCUCGAUUCAAUUCGUCGCAGGCGGCAGAAUGUCAAGGGCUCCCGGGCCAUUUGCACUUACGUCCCAUCGAAGCGUCUGAAAAGCAAGGAUUACGUCGACGGCAACUGCGAUUGGGAGUCUGUCGCCAAAAGUGGCACCGCCCAUUACGCCGACAUAUCUAGCGACGAGGCAUCUGAUCCCGAAUCCGAACCCGAUGUCGAAAGGCUAAGGGCGAGAACAGACCAGUACCUCAAACUUCGACCAGCAAUGGCUUCGGGAGACAUGGAAACUGGGCAAGGCAAUGAUCCCGAGCUUGGAUCAGACGGUGAUGGAACCCAAAAUGAGGAUUCUUCAAAUGAAGCAAGCCAAAUUCGCCCAGCACCAGUACGUGGCCAGAAGAGGAAGGCGAGCAACUCGAAAGCUGGUUUGAAAGCUAGGAAGGUCUGGAAUGAUCGCAAAGAGUUCAACAUAAGCAAGAGCAGAGAUCAAAGUUGGGAGACAGUCCGAAACCCUCUGUUGCAUGUCUUCUUUUUCAACCGUCUCAUCAUUGACGAGUUCUCGUAUGCAAAUUCUGAGAGACUCAGUCCCCUUCUUGCCCUCAGGGCUCGGUCGAAAUGGGUUCUCUCGGGAACUCCACCUUUGAAUGAUUUCGCCGACGUCAACUCCAUCGCACCGUUCCUAGGUGUCCAUCUCGGGGUGGACAAGGACGAUCUUCAAUCACAGAACAAGCGUCUGCAUAUACUGCGGAAGCAUCGAUCUGCUGCGGAAACGUUUCAGUCGUUCCGAACCCCCCGUAGUGAGGCGUGGCAUGGACGUCGACAUGAGAUCGCCCAGAAUUUCCUGGACCGGUUUGCACGGAAGAAUGUGGCCGAGAUCGAUGAGAUUCCUUUCUCCGAACACAUCAUUCUGGUACACUCGUCGCCAGCGGAACGUUCCAUCUACCUUAAACUCUACAAGCAGCUGAUGACAUACAACCGCGAAGUCCGUCGUAGCUGUCGGGGGAGAUUCAGCAGUGACCAGGCCGAAAGGCUUGACGAGAUCAUUCAUAGCAGCGCAACGGCUGAAGAGGCGUUGCUCAAACGCUGCUCGUCCCUUGCCUUCCAGGGUCGUUGGGAUGAUGACGGUAAGCCGGAAAUCACGACAUGCACAUCUCUGAUCGCGGUCCGGGAGAAGCAGCUAGACGAUCUCAGAAGCGAUCUCAUUGUGAAAUUGAUAUUGGCAGCAUGGGUUUACUGCAGUCUUGAUUUGAGUUACAAAAAGUUUCACAAAUUCGUCGAGAGCGUCAUAAGUGACGAUUUCGGUGACAAGACUGUGACGCAAGAAGUAUAUCCUCUUAUCAAGAAAGCAGUCCUCACGUCGGAAGCCGAUGACUGGAAGUUUUUCUUUGCCGCCCCUGAAGAGCAACUGUCGGAUGCCGAGGACGAUUCUGAUGCAGGAGCCCAAGCUACCUCGGAAACAGAAAACGAGGACGCGGUCGAGUCGGUAGAAGACGAGAACCCCGCUCCUCCUGCUGCAAAAAGGACGAGGUUGGCCAUGGGCAAACGUCAGACAGCCCAAGGCAAGAAAGGCAGUGGAAGCAAGCGUUCUGAAAAAGGUGAUAGUAGGGGCGAUGUUCCACUUCCCAAGAGGCCUACUGAACUGCACGAAUUUGAGCCGUGGUUGGGAGAAGUCACCACUAUCAUCCGAAACCUCAUCGUAGAGUGGAUUCUUCGCGAAAGGGCCCUCCGGUUUCUGAGAAUAAUGCUUCUUGUGCAAACAAACGCUAAUAUUGGCCAAUGCGACAGCUGCUUGAGCGAGCUGGAAACAAUCCAGAACAUGGACAUCCUGGGCUCUUGCGGUCAUGCGCUCUGCACCGACUGUUCUUCGGAAACAAUGCAGAUGGAAGAGUGCACCGUCGAUGGAUGUCGGGGCUCUGGCAAGCGAUUUAACAUUAUCAAGGCUUCCACGCUUGAACGGGGUGAAGUGGACCGGGGGACUGAAUACGGGGGAAGCAAGCUCGAUAGGAUGAUCGAAAUUGUCCGCAGCGUACCUGCGAACGAACGAGUCUUGCUCUUUAUUCAGUACCCCGAGUUGAUGGAAGUAGCGUCCAAGGCGCUGGAUCUCGCGGGUAUCAAGCAUACAUUGAUCUCGGCCACUGAUCGCCAGUCGGGAAAAAAGGUGGAGGAAAUUCAAAACUCUAACUUCAAAGACAAAAAGGUCUUGAUCUUGAACCUCGGUGGAGAAAUGGCAGCUGGAUUAAAUCUCCAGGGUGCGAACCAUAUUAUCUUUCUGUCGCCGAUGCUCACAAACACACAGUAUGAUUACGAGGCUGCAAUGACCCAAGCCAUCGGACGCAGCCGGCGGUACGGACAGACCCGGCACGUCCACAUCUACCAUCUAUUGGUCAAAAAUACAAUAGACGUAAACAUCUUCCAGGACCGCCGUGGCAAGGUUUUGGUAGAGCGGGAUGGCGAGGCGAUGUUGGUGAAUCGUGACGAAGCCUCAGAUACUGAAGCCAUUAGCUGUGAGGGGCCUUCGUUGGCAGUGGACAACGCAUUCUGGUGA